AUGGAUCAAUUCCGGCAGACGGGGGAGGUUUUGGGGAGUUUAAAGGCUCUUAUGGUGUUAAAACACGAUAUUCCAAUCAAUCAGAGGCAGUGUUGUUUGCUUUUGGAUAUCUUCACUCUGGCCUUUGAGGUUAUUGAGGAGGAGAUCAGGCAAAACCUGAGGCUGGAUGAGAGGAACACCAAAUGGAAAGCUCUUGAACUUCCUAUGAGAGAGCUCCACAGGAUUUUCAAAGAAGGUGAAGUCUACAUCAGAUAUUGCUUGGAUGUCCAAGACUGGUGGGGCAAAGCAAUUAGUCUCCAUCAGAACAAGAGCUGUGUGGAGUUUCACAUUCACAACUUGCUCAGUUGCUUUCCAGUGGUCAUUGAGGCCAUCGAGACUGCUGCAGAGAUCUCGGGACUAAACCUAGAUGAUAUGCAAAAGAGGAGACUUGCUCUCGUGAGGAAGUACGAUUCAGAAUGGAAUGACCCAACACUUUUCCAAUGGAUGUUUGGAAAAAAGUACUUAGUUCCUCAAGAGAUAUGCAAUCGGUUGGAUAGUGUUUGGAAAGAAGACAGAUGGUUGCUUCUCGAAACAAUAAGGGAGAGGAAAAGUGCAGCAUCUACAACUCCAUCAAAGCAAGAACAGAAGCUUGGGGACCUAUUGCUUAAGAAACUAAAUGGAUCAGAAACAUUAGACGCAAAGCUCUUGCCAAGUUCAAUCUUAGUUGGAGCAAAUGAUUACCAUGUGAGGCGACGAUUAGGAUCAGGAGGAAGCCAUUGUAAGGAGAUCCAUUGGUUGGGAGAAAGUUUUGGUUUAAGAACUUUCUUUGGAGAAAUUGAACCCUUGUAUGCUGAGAUUUCUUUAGUUCUAUCACUUUCCCACCCCAACAUAAUGCAAUACCAUUGUGGGUUUUAUGACGAGGAAAGGAAAGAGGGUUACCUUGUGAUGGAGCUGAUGAACAAGAAUCUUUCCACUUGCAUCAAAGAGAACGCUGGAAAAAUGAAGCGGGUUCCAUUCUCUGUCCCAGUUGCUGUUGAUAUCAUGCUUCAGAUUGCAAGAGGAAUGGAAUAUAUACACUCGAGAAAAAUCUACCAUGGAGAUCUGAACCCAUCAAAUGUCCUACUCAAGGCAAGGAAUUCCUCCAUAGAAGGUUAUUUUCAUGCAAGGGUGACUGGCUUCGGCUUAACCUCCAUCAAGAGUUACACCUCGCGAUCUCCAAAACAAAAUGAGACCAAUCCAGUCAUAUGGUAUGCCCCAGAAAUUCUUUCUGAACAAGAACGACCAGGUCGUAAAUGUACCUCCAAGUAUACAGAGAAAGCUGAUGUAUACAGCUUUGGGAUGCUUUGCUUCGAGCUUCUGACAGGGAAAGUUCCCUUUGAAGAUGGUCAUCUUCAAGGGGACAAGAUGGUUCGCAAUAUAAGAGCAGGGGAGAGGCCUCUUUUUCCAUACCCUUCACCAAAAUACCUUGCAAACUUAACAAGAAAAUGCUGGCACACUGAUCCAAUUAAUCGCCCAAGUUUUUCAUCAAUUUGCAGGAUCUUACGCUACAUUAAGAAAAUCCUUGUGAUCAACCCUGAUCAUGGCCAACCUGAGUCGCCACCUCCACUGGUCGAUUACUGUGACAUUGAGGCAGGAUACUCGAAGAAGUUUCAUGGAGAGGGUAGAGUUGAUUUGGCACCAGUGUCACAGAUUCCUUUUCAGAUAUUUGCUUUCAGGCUUAUUGAGAGGGAAAAAUCUUCUGGGAGCUCUAAAGACAAGAGUUGGGAAUUAGCAAAGGAAACAGCUCUAACUGGCAAGCCAUCUUCAUUUUGUGGGGAUGAGCACGUGGCUCUAAUGGAUGAUCUGUUCCUCACAGGGAGUGACCAAAGAACAGUUUAUUCUGAGAUUUUAGAUAGGAAGAAUCUGUCAACCGUGGUUGAUCAAAGGUCAGUUAUUUCCGAAAUCCCACAUAGGAAGCUUUUCUCAGCUGAUCAAAGGUCGGUUGGUUCCGAGAGUCCAGGAAGGAAAUCAUUGUCAUUGACAACUGAUAAAAGAUCAAUUCAUGCUGAAAGUCCAAGGGGGAAUAUGUCAUGGAGGGUAGCAAUAGAUCAAAGAUCACCUUGUUCAGAGUCUCCACAGAGGAAAAUUUCAACAGCAGCCAAUCAGAAGCUGGCUUACGCUGAGAUUCCAGAGAAUACAAUGUUGUCAACGACGGCUGAUGAUAGGUCAGGUGGUUCUGAGACUCUACAAAGGAAAAUUGCAACGAUAACUGCAGCUGAACAAAGGCCUGUAUGUUCUGAGAGUCUGAAUAAGUCAUCCUCACCAACAGAGGAUCAAAGGCCAUUUUGUCCCGACACUCCAGAGAGAAAAAAUUUGUCCACGACAACAGCCGAUCAAAGGCCAGUCUGUCCUGAAACUCCAGAGACAAAAUCCCCGUCUGCAAUAUCAAGAAAUCAGAGGCCAAGUCGGCCUAAAAUUCAAGGGAAGAAAAUUUUGUUAACACGAAGUUUGAAAGAGACAAAGACAAGUAAAGGUCUAGGAACACCGAAAGGACAUUCACCAAGAUCUGUGACAACACUAGCUCGGAAAGAACAUUACUCACCAAGUUCUUCCCCAACACAAACACUGACUGUGAUAACACGAGCUCAGAAAGAACAUUACUCACCAAGUUCUUCACCAACACGAACACUGACUGUGACAACACGAGCUCGGAAAGAACAUUACUCACCAAGUUCUUCACCAACACAAACACCGAAAGUAUGCUCAUCGCCAAGAUGUUCACCAACCCUAGAAGGAUAUUCAUCACCUCUGAAUCCAUGUGCUCGCUGUUCGAGGAUGAGUCGAGAGAGCCCAUUACCAACAGUCAUGAGCCCAAGUAGACAUAGAAAAGAUCUCUUGGCAAACAUGAGAGCAGUUAUUCAGGCAUCUCUGGCAACUGCAACAUGA